CAUGAGUGUUAGCUAAGUACAAAAUCAAUGGCUAGAUAUGGAAAAUUAGAGAGUACAAAACCCGUCGUCUACUGUUACUUUGCUAUUCCAUCCAACCCAAUCCAGAAACCAAAACCAACCGUCUUCUCCCUUAGCAACAUAAAGUUUCCGGCUUUCGUCUUCUUCAAUGGGGGAAGGAAAACAAGGCGAGCUAGCUGUUCAUACGCCAAAAGAUUUGGCUCACAAUCCAAUCACACAGUUGCAAACCAAGUACAAAGAUUUAGAGAAUGGCUUCAAGUCGUGGCUUGCCAAACAGUCUUUACCUGUUGAGGCCGCCGUCGUGACCCUCACAAGCGCAGCCCAGGGCGCCGCCAUGGGUGGUUUCAUGGGGACACUCACCAACGACGUCUCCUCCGCUUUUCCCCCCACACCACCUCCCGGCGCCUCUAUUAAUUCACAGACCAUGGCCUCCUUCCAGCAAGCCCAGGCUCUUGCAGGAGGACCCUUAAUACAGGCCCGCAAUUUUGCUGUUAUGACAGGUGUUAAUGCAGGCAUAUCUUGUGUCAUGAAAAGAUUAAGAGGCAAAGAUGAUGUCCAAACAAGUAUGGUAGCAGCUUUUGGUUCUGGAGCCAUGUUUUCUUUAGUUAGUGGCUUGGGGAGUCCUACUCAGCCUGCAAAUAUAAUCACAUCUGGUGUCUUCUUUGCUCUUGUUCAGGGUGGAAUCUUUAAGAUAGGGGAAAAAUUCUCAAAGCCAUCAGUUGAAGAUGUGUUGUAUAGUGAAACUAGAUCCAUGCUGUCUAAUCUUGGUCUUCAAAAUUAUGAGAAGAACUUCAAAAAGGGCUUGUUAACUGACACCACUUUGCCAUUGCUUACUGAUAGUGCUUUGAGAGAUGUGAACAUCCCUCCUGGACCACGACUUGUCAUUCUUGAUCAUGUCCAAAGGAACAAGGAAGUGAAGAAACAAGGUAGGUGGUAGGAAUGAUUCAAAACUAGGAUAUGCUUAUCAGCUUAUGUACAAGAAGAUGAAAAGAGAUACCAAAUUUUAUCUUUAUGUAAUAAGAUAUGGUUUCAUUGAAGAUAUGCAUGGGAAUAUUCUUCUUGUUUGAGACAUUUAUAAGAUGU